GCAGCAAUCUCCUGAAUGGGUAAAGUCGGCUUGCCCCACAACCCCCUCGCGACGGAAAGACUUUCGGUGUUGAUAUCAACCUCGUCUCUUCCCCUCGUUUCUAUCCCGUUGUCCUAUUGCCCCCUCAGCCAGCUCUCUGUUUUCUAUCCGUUUUCGUUGUCUUUGCAGACUCCCAACCGUCAAAAUGUCCGCCUUCAGUGAUAUUGCCCAGCAAUUUGUCCAGUUCUACUACCAGACCUUCGACGCCGACCGCUCCUCCCUGGCCGGACUCUACCGCGACCACUCCAUGCUCACCUUCGAGACCAGCUCGAUCCAGGGUGUUUCCAGCAUCGUUGAGAAGCUGACCAGCCUCCCCUUCCAGAAGGUUGUCCACAAGGUAAACACCCUCGACGCCCAGCCCUCCAGCCAGGAUGGUAGCAUCCUGGUCAUGGUCACCGGUGCUCUCUUGGUCGACGAGGAGCAAAACCCCAUGAACUACACCCAGAGCUUCAACCUCAUUCCCGAAAACGGCAGCUACUACGUCCAGAACGACAUCUUCCGUCUGAUCUACAACGCAUAAAUGGUUCCAUUAUUGUUUUUUUUUUUAGGUAUAAAGCGCCGUCGUCGCGCGGUGGAAAGGAAACGUCGGAGGGGGAGGGAUCAGGCCUGCGGCUUUGGGGAACGGUCAUCUAUUCUCUAUCUCUAGAACAGGGGAAAGACCUGGUCAUAGUCCGCAGAUAAUCCCGUGUGAAACGAAGAUAAUGAAUCCAUUUUCAAAUUUCAGGUUUCGAGUUCGAACAGAGUGAGGGGCGGAGGCAGAGCCCACGGAUCUUGGGAUUGGAUGCUUUUGGUGAAUUUGGAACAUGCCAUGCCUCCUUUUCGCUGUGCGUCUCUUCGGGGAGAAGCUCUUCAAAUCUCGUGAAUUACCUCUUAGUUGGUUUAUGUGCGUGCGGUGAUACUGUGGUUGUAGUUGUGUUUCGGAUGGAGGCAAAUCUGGUACUUUCUUGGUGGUGUGGUGAUGGCCUUUGCAUUCCUGCUCUGUUUGUGUACCUCGAUGCCUUAUGUGUAAAU